GCAAAGCACCAAAUCAUGCCGCAGGAGGAAAUCAUCUUGUAUGAUCUCCCCCGGAGGGAGAUGGAAAAGGGGCCGUGGUCGCCUAACACGCUAAAAGCCAGAUUCGCCCUGGAGUUCAAAGGCCUACCGUACAAGACCGUCUGGAUCGAAUACCCCGAUGUCGCAGCGCACUGCCAAAAGAUAGGGGCGAAGCCCACUGGCAAGUGGCCGGACGGCACGCCGCUGUACACUCUCCCGGUCAUCCAAGAUCCCAACACGGACGCCGUCGUCUCGGACUCGUACGCCAUCGCGGAGUACCUGGAUGCCCACUACGCGACCCCGCGCUCGCUCAUCCCUGCAGGCACGGAGGGCCUGCACGCAGCGUUCUUCAAGGCCAUCACGGACAACGCGUUUGCGAAGCUGUUCCCCAUCAUCCCGGCCGCGGUCGCGAAACUGCUGAACCCGCCCAGCGCGGAGUACUUUGUGAGGACGAGGGAAGCGCAGUUCGGGAAGCUGGAUGAGUUCUGUCCCCCUGGGCCGAAGCGGGAGCAGCAGUUGAAGGAGGCGAAGGCGGGGCUUGAUAUCGUGGAGGGCUGGUAUCAGAAGGCCGGGAAAGACACGCUGUAUUUGAUGGGUGAUACACCGUCGUGGGCGGACCUUAUAGUGGCGGCGUACAUGGUCGGGAUGAAGCGUAUGCAAGGCGAGCAUUCCGAUGAGUGGAAGCAGAUAUCCAGUUGGAAUAGCGGGCGAUGGGCGAAAUUAGCUGAGGCUCUGGGGAGUUAGUGGGCUCGAAGUCGGACGAAUUCAUGUAUUUGAACACAGAAGAAUUGCGUAAAUAACAUAUAGGCAGGGCUGAGGUCGGAUUCAAACCGC